AUGGCACCCCAAAGCAGCCCCUUCCCGUCGUCCUCGUCGUCGCAGAAAACCAAACAACAGUCGAUCUCCGCCUUCUUUUCGGCCAAACCACCAAAAGCUGCAGCGUCGCCACCGGCAAACCAAGUGACGGCCCCCAGCGGCGACGAUGUCUCCAUGCUUGCUGCUGCUACUGAAGCUUCACCCAGUCGAAAACGCGCUAUAGACCAGGCGGAUGACGAAGCGGAGGAGGCAGCAGUCUCGCCGAAGCGGGCACGACUGGAUGAGACGCGGCACACUCUCGCUCAAGCCUCUGCCUCUGGGCUUAACAAAUCUCGCAUAGUUGACCGCACAUCCAAAUACUGCUUCUCUUCGUCUCCGGUUGUCGCAGACGAGAACAACGACAUCAAUGAUGGUGACGAUGAUAGUCCAGCGGCACAGAAGCGACGAGCGGCAUUGCAUAAAAAGUUCAUACAGAAGCUUGGACGUCCUGACAGCUUCGCGGAGCUGAAGCGACGGUAUAGACCCGACCACUCCGACGGAGAAGUAGCUGAAGAUGCGGAGGACGACGGACCAGACGAUGAAGCGUUGAAGCCUGCUGCCAGACCAACAAAAAAGGGUUCGAAGAAGCCAGGAAAGCUCACGCCCAUGGAGAUGCAGUACCUUGAAAUCAAGCGGAAGCAUUUGGACACAAUCAUUGUGUAUGAGGUCGGCUACAAAUUUCAGAUUUAUGGAGAGGAUGCACGCAUCGCAGCGAAGGAAUUGGGCAUCGUCUGUAUACCUGGAAAGUUCCGAUACGACGAAAAUGCAUCAGAGGCCCAUUUGAACCGGUUUGCAUCUGCAAGCUUCCCGGUACAUCGACUGCAAGUGCAUGUGAAAAGGUUAGUGCAGGCCAAUCACAAGGUUGGCAUCGUCCGUCAGCUUGAGACCGCAGCUUUGAAAGCCGCUGGUGACAACAGGAAUGCUCCCUUCGUGCGAAGGCUCACAAACCUCUACACCAAAGGGACGUAUGUCGACGAUAUAGAGGGACUCAAUCAGGAUGCAGCUUCUGGCGCGCAGUCGACUGGCUAUCUGCUCUGCGUCACCGAGACGAAUGCGAAAGGCGGGGAUAACGACGAGAAAGUGCAUGUUGGCUUUGUCGCCGUACAGCCUGCUACUGGUGACAUAAUAUAUGAUGAUUUUGAGGAUGGCUUUAUGAGAAGCGAAAUCGAAACUCGCCUUCUGCAUAUCGCCCCUGCAGAGUUCUUGAUCGUUGGGUCUUUAUCCAAGGCCUCCGAGAAGCUUGUCCAGCAUCUCUCCGCAAGCAAGACCAACGUGUUCGGAGACAAGGCCCGCGUGGAAAGGGUCGAAAAGCCCAAGACAAUGGCGGCCCAAUCUUACAGUCACAUCUCGAAUUUCUACGCCGAAAAGAUGAAAUCAUCUAACGAACAAAGUACCAUCCUCGAUAAAGUCCAUCAAUUAUCCGAGCAUGUCACUAUAUGUCUGUCGGCCAUGAUUACAUAUCUAACAGAUUACGGUUUGGAGCAUGUUUUCGAUCUGACAAAGUAUUUCCAGCCCUUCAGCGCUCGAUCGUACAUGCUUUUGAACGGCAACACCUUGACCAGCCUAGAGAUUUAUCAAAAUCAGACCGACAACACCAGCAAAGGCAGCCUUUUCUGGACUAUGGAUCGUACAAAAACACGAUUCGGUCAGCGACUGCUCCGAAAGUGGAUCGGUCGUCCACUGAUCAACAAAACAUGCCUUGAGGAACGCAUAGCCGCCGUAGAAGAGCUCAAAGAAGGGCAUAACACUAGACCAGUCGAUAAGCUCACAUUUGUGCUUGGAAAGAUCAAAUCGGAUCUAGAGAAGGUCUUGCUGCGCAUCUAUUAUCAGAAAAGUUCACGAUCGGAGGUUCUUGUUGCGCUCCAGAUACUCCAAGACAUCUCUAGCGAAUAUGUAAACGUCAGUUCUGCCAGCGAUACUGGCUUCAAAUCGUCUCUGCUAUCUGACGCUGUCUCGAGUAUACCUCGGAUCUACAGAGAUGUGAACAACUUCCUGGAGAAGAUCAACGCACAAGCUGCGAGAGACGGCGACAAGUACGCCUUCUUCCGAGAAGAACACGAAGCAGAGGACAUCAACGACUACAAGCUCAGCAUCGCUUCUGUAGAAGAUGAUCUUAACAGAUACAGGGAGGAGGCGGCAGCUAAGAUAGGUACUGGGCAGGUUACUUACGUUACCGUGAGUGGUAUCGAGUAUCUGAUCGAAGUUAAGAGAAAGUCUCCCCAGGAAAAGAGAGUCCCAGCUUCUUGGCAGCAAAUAUCUUCCACUAAAGCUGUCAUGCGUUUCCAUACACCAGAGGUCAAGCGUAUGAUCCAACAGCGUGACCAAUAUAAGGAAUCUCUGGCAGCUGCAUGCGAUACAGCGUUUAAGGGCUUUCUCGAAGAUAUUUCCGCCAAGUACCAGGACUUACGGGACUGUAUCCAAGCGCUCGCAACCCUCGAUGCCCUCCUUUCCCUAGCAACCCUCGCCUCGCAGCAAGGGUACGUAAAACCAACCUUCACUGAUGACAUCGAGCUAUUUGUCACUGAUGGCCGACACCCCAUGGUUGAGCAACUCCUUCUCGACAAUUACGUUCCGAACGAUGUCAAUCUAUCCCACAAAUCCACCCGCGGUCUCCUAGUAACAGGUCCCAAUAUGGGAGGCAAGUCAUCGUACGUUCGCUCAAUUGCUUUGAUAUGCAUAAUGGGUCAGAUAGGCUCAUAUGUUCCUGCCGCGGAGGCCCGUUUGGGCAUGCUCGACGCGGUCCUUACUCGCAUGGGAGCUUCUGACAAUAUGAUGAAAGGCGAGAGCACAUUCAUGGUUGAGCUGAAUGAGACAUCCGAUAUUCUUAAAGCCGCUACUCCUCGCUCUUUGAUCAUCUUGGAUGAACUUGGCCGCGGCACCUCGACUUUCGACGGUGUUGCGAUCGCUGAAGCCGUUCUCGACUAUGUGGUACGAGAUCUGCAAGCUCUCACCCUGUUUAUAACGCAUUAUCAACAUUUGGCGAAGCUUCAAGGCCGCUUUGAUAAUCGAGAGUUGCAGAAUGUGCACAUGCGGUUCGAAGAGAGAGACGGUGGCAAGGAAGUCGUCUUCUUAUAUGAGGCGGCAGAAGGAACCAGCCAUCGAUCCUACGGUUUAAAUGUUGCCAGGCUAGCGAAAGUACCGGAAAAGGUCAUUGAGGUGGCAGAAGGAAAGAGUCGGGAGCUGGAGGAGGUGAUGGCAGCAUGUAAACUCGGCAACAUGUGA